UGCACAGCAAAAAUCAACUUAUUAAUCAAUGCGACUUCUAGUUUUUUCCCUAUCUGGGUCAACCAUGGAAGGAAGAAAAAAGAACAGAGGGAUGGGUCUAUCAGAGAUUAAGGCCCGGGGCGAAAAGUUUGUCUACAAAAAAAUUUAUAAAGAAGAGCGAAAGAAUUACGGCUAUGGUGUGCCAGAAAAAAUUAGUUCAGAAGGAAAACAGAAGGACAUAUCAGAAGGAAAAAUUGGUAAAAAAGCUGAUGAUCAGGGAGUCAGGGAACCAGAAAUGGAUAUUAAGGAAGAGAAAGAAAAAGGAAAAGCAGAAAUGGGUAUUACUGUUCAUAAUGAAAAUGCAUGUUCGUUAUCAGUAUCAUCAUCAUCUCCUUGUGCUGUUAAUGAUGAUUCUGAUGCUAAGUCGGAGAGUCUUUUGCCAGAAAAUAUCAAGGAUAUCAUCUCCAGAUCGGAUUCAGAAUCAAAAAAAUUAUUGAAUUCUUUGUCCAUGAAUGACCUCUAUUUCCAUUUAUGUAAAAUCCCCAUCUUCAUAGAUAAAGGUACCAAGAGUAUAUCAAUAGAUGAAGGGAGUGGAAAAAUAUGUUGUAUGAUAGGGGCAAAAGGGCUUACAAUUGAGCAUGCAGAAGCAUCAGAGUGCUGGCAAUGGAAAUCUCUACCUGAAACGUCUAGCAGGUUCCCCCAAGUAGCUGAAAGUAAAGAAGUAUGGUUUCUCCACAUCAAAGGACAAAUAAGAACAAAUAUGUUGUCCUCUAAAACAACUUAUGGAGUUUACUUUGUGUAUAAGUUUGCAGAGAUCAUAUCCGAAUUUCAUCAAGAACCUGUUGAGUUGUGGGUCAAAUUGAAAGGGCAAAAGAAGGGGAAGGGGCCGAGCAAUUACCUCGACCCUUCGCAGCCAUAUCAAGAUGGUAGAGGAGAAGGGUGGAGGGAGAUUGAGAUGGGUGAGUUCUUCAUUGAACAUGGAGAGAAUGACAAAGUUUUGUGCAUCCUCAUGCAGGAUGAUAAUGAAGUUAAGAAGGCGGGACUCAUUGUAGGAGGGAUUGAGUUUAGGCCUAAAGAAGGAUAGAAAUUAAUUAGUUAUAAUUUUUUAUUAUUAUUACUAUUAUUUUAUUAAAAUUGGAGAUAUAUGAGGAUUUGGAUUUUGGAUCUUUGGAGCCGUCUCCAGAAGGACAAUAUUGUCUGGACAUUAAAUGGUAUAACCUUUAUAUUCGUCUAAUAUGCCUUGUCAUGCAUUUGAAGGAUAUAAUGAUUUUUAACAACUUUUCUUAUUUAGAAUGUAAAAGAGAAUCAGUCAAUAUUCAGUAAAGCAAUAUAUUGUGGAUCA